AGUGGGUUUACUCCAUGCUUACGCUCUCCUUCGGGUUAGAUUGGUUUGACCGGGUGCUGUUGGGGUUUUUUUUUUGGACGCUCAUCGCGUGUCAUAUCCGAGGAGUUAGGUCAGCUUUCAAUAACUUUUGUGAAUGAGUAAGACUUCCUCGCGUUAACAGAACCGGGGGCCGCCGAUUGGCCGAGGGCUCCGCUGCCCUGCGAGAAAACUUCCUGUUUCCUCCGAGUGGACUUUGUGUUUCAUUGGGAGAGCACGCCAAAGGAUGCAAGUGUAAUCCAGGAAAAAACACAUCCUAUUGUUUCUUGGGAUCCGUAGCCCGCGCUUCUCAACGGCAUUGCGAAGGAAGGCGCUGUACGGUGAAGCUGUGAGCUUCUGACUUGGUGCAACCAUGAGUGGGGGAGUGAAUGUGAAGAGUCUUCCACGAGCCCAGCCAGGCUCCGGCAUCCCUCUGCACAGGACCAGACUUCCCUCCCCAAAACCUGAGCCCAAAAGCACCAGCAGUGGCCUUCCGAGACCAUCCACACAUGUCCCAACUAGCAACAGAGCGUCCUGCAGCAGCAGCCCUACAGCUGUCUCCUCCAGAGACGUGUUAAGGGACACCACCCUCAGAAACCAGCAUCUGCUACUAAGAGGCAGUCCACCUAGUCAACGUGCUUCCACUAGUCCUCAAACACAGACCCAAGACUCUAGAUCAGCCCACAGCAGUCCACAAGUUCGACGGAAAGAGUCAAGGGGUACUAUAGAGGGGUCCAAGACAGAGAGUUUGCUUGACAUUCGGUCCAAUGGCAACAAGAACUUCCAGAGUGGAAUCUUUCGCCCCCAGAUGGGACAAAUGGACAACGAUAACAGUUUGAUCUCAGAAGAUCUCAAAUGCCACGAGGAGAGCAUUGCUUCUGGAGGCAGCCAAAGCAAGACGGGAAUCCCUUCAUUCAGAUUUAGUAACAAAAACUUGAGGCCUGGUCCAGCGGCUGCUAACGUAGAUACAGGUCUUCUCAGAGUCCGUCGAGAGAGAGUGUCCCUGCAGAACAGUGCCUCCAGUAGUUUUUCAGAUGAGGAGAUGUGCACUCCAGAUGAUCUCAGUCCGGAGGUCCCACAGAAGCCACCCCCUGAGACUACUACAGUCCCGAAACAGGAAACCUCUAGUGUUGAGAUGCUCAAAGUCAAACAGUUACCAAAGGUCAACAUGGCUGCUGUGGCACCUUUCAGAUACAGACUGCAGAUCCAGGAAGACAUAUCUCUGGAUGACUUCAGCGACUGCUCCUCUGACUCAAUAGAAGUCUGCUGCGAUGACCUCAAUACUGGCGGAAUGCUUGGGGGUAGCCCAAGAGGACAAGGAGUAGAUCUGGAGACCGAAGCUGACAAAACGUCCAAAGCCAAGACCCCCCAGGGCCAGGCGGGAGCCAACGGAGUUGGGGGCAUGGCUGCAAAAAGGGGCAAGUCAGGGCUCCCACAGGCUACUCCUCGGGCUGAGCUAAAGGUCUACCGAGCGGGAAACUCUGAGGGUCGUCUUCCAGUGCCUAGUAACCUGCGCAAGCAAAAGUCCUUGACCAAUUUAUGCGUGCUUACGGAUGCAGAGAAGAAGAUGCACCUGUACCAGCCCAAGUGGUCAGACGACAUGGAAAAGCCAGGGGCAGGUCAGAAUAAGUCUGGCAAGCUUAAAGAUGCUGGAGGGGGCACGGGCAAGGGUAUCCCACUUUCCAAGAACCUUUCCAAGUCGGAGCAUUCGCUAUUUCAGGGAAAGCCAAAACCCUUUAGCCCACCUUCCAAGCUGGGCAAACCCAGUCGGAUACCAAAGGGUCCUUACGCUGAGGUCAAACCCAUCAGCAAGGCUCAAGAGCUGGCAGAUGACGGCAAGUCAGAUGAUGAGAUCUUGUCCAGCAAGGCUAAAGCUAAUGGUAAGAAAACUUUAAGUGGUACCUCAGGGGCAGCCACCCCAGGAGGGGGCGGAGGGGUCAAAGAUGCACCCGAACCAGAGGAAGGGGACAAGACCUUCCUAAAGGUGGACCCUGAACUGGUUGUAACGGUACUUGGGGACCUGGAGCAGCUUCUCUUCAGUCAGAUGUUGGAUCCCGAGUCCCAGAGGAAACGCACCGUUCAGAAUGUCCUCGACCUCCGGCAGAACCUGGAAGAUACCAUGUCCAGCUUACGGGGGUCGCAGCUCAGCCACAGCUGUAUUGAGAACAGCAUGUGCUAUGACAGCGAUGAGACGAACGCCCGCAGCAUCUCUAGCCUGUCCAACCGCUCGUCUCCUCUUUCCUGGCGCCAAGGCCAGUCCAGCCCUCGUCUACAGGCCGGUGACGCCCCCUCCUCCGGGGUCGCCGCCCACUCGCUGCCCGUCCGGGCCUCAACACAGAUCAGUCACCUGCAGCGCAUCCAGCUCAUCGAGGGCCUGGGCGCCGCCGACGAUGACCUGGCCGACCUCAAGUCGGCUUUCCUCAGCGACGCCAAUCUGACGGGCAAGAGCCAACCACAAGAUGAAGAUGACGACGACGACGACGACGAUGUAGACGUCGAUGAUGAUGACCUAGCCAAUGGUUGGGAUGAAAGCAGCUCCAUCAGCAGCGGUUUGAGCGACGGUUCAGACAACCUCAGCUCGGAGGAGUUCAACGCAGGCUCCUCCCUCAACUCCCUGCCAACAACUCCCAUUGGCUCCCGGCGAAACUCUGCCAUUGUGCUGCGCACCGAUGCUGAGAAGCGCUCGCUGGUUGAAAGCGGUCUUUCCUGGUACAGCGAGGAGACCAAGGCACAGUGCCGGAACGAGGGAGGAUACGACACGGGCAGCCUUAAGGCAGAGUCAUCCAACAAAUGGAAAAAAAGCCGAUCGCAGGAUGACACGGGAGUCAAGGGUGAGCUGAGGAAACCACAGACGCUUGGCCACCCGCCCAGCGGACUGAAGAAGAGCCGUAACCCUCCUGUAGGAGUGACCUCCCCCAUCACACACACCUCACAGAGCAUGCUCAAAGUGCCAGGAGUUCCAAAGAACGAUCAGCGAGUUGUGGAUAAGGCUAAAUUGGCAGUGAAAUCAUCAGGCUUACAGCGCUCCAGUUCAGACGCAGGGAAAGAUCGUGGCGAGCACAGAAAGCCCCCCUCCGGUCUCGUCCGUCCCUCCGCCGGCACCUCUAACUCCUUCGGCUACAAGAAAACCGCUCCAACUACCGGCACUGCCACCGUGCUAACAGCUAGUGUGAACACCGUCCCCGAAAACUCUGCGAUUGUCAACAAAACCCCUAAAAGCUCUGGCAUCCCAGUGAAGCCCUCCGCCGGCGGUGCAGGACGCAAGACCAGCCUGGACGUGUCCACCUGUGACCAAGGUUUCAUGGCCCCGAACGCACGCAACAACAUCCAGUACCGCAGUCUCCCGAGACCCGCCAAAUCCAGCACUCUGAGUCUGACGAGGAAGGCCGGGCGCUCGCCCGUCAGCAGCAACAUGGACGCCGGUCUGCAGGGCCUUAAGACAGUCCCCGCCCCGUCCAGACUGAAGGAGCCGGGCAGUGUGAAGAGCUCCCAUCGGGCCAGCACCGGAGGGUGCGCUCCGGUCAACCAGACGGACCGGGAGAAGGAGAAGGCCAAAGCCAAGGCGGUGGCGUCUGAUUCUGAGUGCUGCGGAGGCGGCCCGCUGAAGAACGGCCCGCUGACGCCGACACAGAGCGCCCUGGAGCCUCCUUCCAAACUGCUGGGGCUCCGGCAGCCGUCGAGUCUGAGCAAAUAUUCAGAGCUGCCCUCUCCCAACUCUCAGAGGCCCUCCAGUGCCAGAUCUCUGCCCAAACCUGCUCACCUGGACAAGGUCAACUCCAACAGCCUGGACUGUGGGAUAAUCGACAUGGACGUGAUAAUCGACCAGCUUCCUCCCAAAGUGCCGCCCUUCUCCAAACUGCAAGAACUAUCAGGAAUAAGCAGCACAAGCUGCCUGACGCCCAGCCCGGCUCCCAUCCUCAACGUCAACUCCUCUGAGUGCUUCUCCAGCGCCACGGUGGGCCGAGGGGUCAGUGCUGGCGGCUCUCCCUCGCUCUACCCCCGCCUCUCCGGGCUGCACCGCAGCAUGGAGUCCCUGUCCCUGCAGAUGAGCGUGUCUCCGGCGGGGGGCGGCGUCACGGAGCCCAGGCCCAGGCACGAGGACAGAGGGACGGAUGGUGGCUGGUCGACAGGAAGCAGGGUCUCGCUCACGUCAGACGGCUCACAAAGGGACAGAAAUACUCUCCCAAAGAAAGGCUUAAGCCAGCACAUCUCCUCGCAGGCUGAGGAGGACAGCAAAGAGAGACGUCACUCGCACACAAUAGUGAGCCUGAGUGAGACCAGCAGCCCUCCUCAGUUCCCUUCACCCAUACUGACAGGAAAAGCCCCGCUGACGAGCAUCAUAGCACCCAGCCCCACCUCAGGAACACCCAGAAUGACCCGAUCCAACAGCAUCCCCACUCACGAGGCCAGCUUUGAGCUGUAUCAGGCCUCUCCGCUGGGCAGCACCUUAUCACUCGCCGAGCGGCCCAAGAGCAUGAUCCGCUCCGGCUCCUUCAGAGACAGAGACGCCGGCGAUGACGUCCAUGGCUCAGUGCUCUCUCUGGUGUCUAAUGCCUCCUCCAGCUACUCCUCAGCGGAGGAGAGAAUGCAGGGCGAGCUUGACCGUCAUUGCAUGGAAAAGAGCAGCCUAACAUGUCUUUCUGUUAUUCUGCAAAUCCGUAAGCUGAGGAGGGAGCUAGAGUCUUCACAGGAGAAGGUGGCCAAUCUGACCUCACAGCUGUCUGCGAAUGCCAACCUGGUAGCAGCGUUUGAGCAGAGCCUGGCCCUCAUGACCUCUCGACUCCAGACCCUCUCCUUCAGCGCUGAGCAGAAGGACACUGAAUUACUGGACCUCAGAGAAACAAUCGAGAGCCUGAAGACCAAGAACAUGGAGGCGCAGGCCGUCAUCCAAGUCGCGCUCAAUAACCCAGAUGUCGCCCCAAAAGAGUUGCGAAUCAGGAGGCAGAACUCAUCCGAGAGCAUCUCUAGUCUGAACAGCAUUACCAGUCACUCCAGUGUGGGCAGCCUGAAAGACGACGCUAAGAAGAAGAAGAAAAAGAACUGGUUACGAAGUUCUUUUGGCAAGGCAUUCAGCAUAAAGAAGGGCGCUAAAGGUGGCUCCAUGUACUCUGAUAUUGAAGAGAUUGCCACUCCAGACUCUUCUGCACCCAACUCACCAAAACUGGGUCAUGAAGAUGGAGAGAACCCGCCCACCUCCCUUCCAUCCAGCCAAUCGACAACUUCCUCUGUCAUCCACGAGAUCAACGAGGAAAACGAGAGCGAUGAGAAGAUGGUGUCAGAGCUGCGGUCUGAGCUGUGGGAGAAAGAGAUGAAACUGACGGACAUUCGGCUGGAAGCGCUGAACUCGGCACACCAGCUGGAGCAGCUACGAGAGACCAUGAACAACAUGCAGAGAAUGGUGGAGAGUCUGAAGGCAGAGAACGAUCAGCUGAAAACAGGAAGUGCUCCGUCAUCCCUGGUCCUUCCUUGCGGCCCACCUUCUACUUCCACCUCCCAGCCGUCUGGUCUGGCCAGCCUCCUGAACUCCAACCAAACCAAACCGUCCAUGAGCCUCACCAAGUCCUUCAGCCUCAGCCUCAAUGAGUGCUCCAGCACUGACAUUGCUCCUAUGGAGUUGCUGAGCCUGUCAUCUCAGAGGCACGAGGUCUUUACGCGUGUGGUGGUCCGGAUAGCUGACCAGAAAGUGUCUAGAGAGCAGGUGAGGCAGCAGGAUUUCUACAUCGGCUCUGUGAAGAUUCAUGGGAAAACUGAAUGGUCUAUGUUAGACACGGACAUCUCCACAAUGUUCAGGGACUAUAUUUCACAGGUGGAUCCCAGUGCGAGCAUGGGACUGUCUGUGGACUCUAUCCACAGUUAUAGUAUUAAUCAGAGCAGGAGGGUGCUUGGAGCCGAAGCCCCAGAAAGUUCACCCUGUGACUGUUUAAAAAAGGGUCCCGGACUUGUCACUGUCACCCUCAAAGGUUUUAAGGAGAAGUGUGUAGACAGUCUGGUGUUUGAGACGCUCAUCCCCAAGCCCAUGAUGCAACACUACAUAAGUCUGCUCCUGAAGCACCGACGGCUGGUCCUGUCGGGCCCCAGCGGUACGGGGAAGACCUACCUCACCACCCGACUGGCGGAGUACCUGCUGGAGAGGAGCGGCCGAGAGCCCGGCCCUGGCCUUAUCACCACCUUCAACAUGCACCAACAGACCUGCAAGGACCUCCAGCUGUACCUGUCUAAUCUGGCCAAUCAGAUUGACCGAGAUUGUGGCACUGAGGACAUUCCACUGGUCAUAGUCUUGGACGAUAUCAGUGAAGCGUCUUCCAUCACCGACCUGGUCAAUAGUGCACUGACCUGCAAAUAUCACAAAUGUCCUUACAUCAUUGGAACCACCAAUCAGUCUGUUAAGAUGUCAUCCAACCAUGGCCUGCAUCUCAGCUUCAGAAUGGUCACCUUCUCCAACAACGUGGAGCCUGCAAAUGGUUUCCUGGUGCGUUACUUGCACAGGAAGUUGAUUGAAACGGAGGAUGAAAGCACAGUUCACAGCGCUGAGGUGUUGAAGGUUCUGGACUGGGUGCCUAAACUCUGGUAUCAUCUCCAUGCCUUCCUGGAGAAACACAGCACAUCAGACUUCCUCAUAGGUCCCUGCUUCUUCUUGUCUUGUCCAGUAUCAUUAGGAGAGUUUCAGUCCUGGUUUAUUGACCUCUGGAACCAGUCCAUUAUUCCUUAUCUUCAGGAGGGAGCUAAGGAUGGUGCGAAGGUCCAUGGUCAGAAAGCAGCAUGGGAGGAUCCGGUGGAGUGGGUGAGGGAUACGCUGCCCUGGCCUUCAGCUCAACAGGACCAGGCCAAACUCUUUCACCUCCCUCCACCAACCACCGGCCCCAAUUCUACUCCUGCGCAGCAGCCCAGUGAAGACAAGGACACACCCAACAAAGACAUGUCUCUGUCCACAAUGGAGUCCGAUCCAUUGAUGGCGAUGCUGCUGAAACUCCAGGAAUCUGCCAACUACAUCGAAUCACCCGAACGGGACAUUUCUGGCAACCCCACUUUCUAGGCUGAGCUAAAAGACUCGAGAGCUUACUAAUGGCUAGUGCUGUUACAAAACACUGUUCUGUACAGCUAAUUUGCACCUCCCGUCUCCUUUGAAAGGCUUCUGAGUCGAGAAGAGGAACUCCAUGUCACGGCAGACAAAGCUCUAAGUCUGAGAGAAUCUUUUUUGCACUGUCUUAACCAGUCCUUCCUUUGCUUAUUUAACCUGCAAGUGGCAUGGCAAUACUUGCAACUAUGGGUUGUGAAGAAUGGACGAUUGUGAAGAUGAAAUGUUCUUGUCUACCAUACUGGGAGCAAUAUAUGCUCCACGGUUAUUUUAUAUUACUUUUGCUUUGAGUAAUAUCUGACCACAUGGACCAAAAAUCUAUUUAUUCUUGUUUGCAAAAGUACCAACACUCCAUCCUCAAGAUCAAGUCGCCUGAACCCUGUACUCAAAGGUGCGGUUACAUUUAGACCAACUCGCAUGGAUGCAAAACGUAAUGUACAAGAUGGUGCUUAGAAUUCAGCCUUAAAUGAUGUCCCUCCAUAUAUCAUAAAAUCAGUUCCAUAGCAAUCAGAAUAUUACCUCACGGUUUGCAUAGUGAUGCAGUUUUAAGGUGCAGUACAAACCCAUAACCAGGUUCAUUCAUUCCUUUCAAACACGCAGACAUCAGACAGAUGUAGACUGUAGAUCUCUGAGAGCAUGCACUUUGAGUUGUAACUCAAUCAAGAGCACUGACUGGUUGUUCAAGAUUUGUAGGUUGUUUGCUCCAAUGGUGAGUUGAAGCAGCAAAAUUACCAGAAUUUGAGGCGACAUGAGCAAUAGAGACUGUUGGCGAUGGAUGAAUUUCAAUUAUAUGCAAAUGUAUACCAAUGGGAGAAAAAAUAAUGAAGCUCAUGUGACAUUGUUGAAAAAAGUUGCUGGAUUAAGGUGGCACUUGGAGAAGCAACAAAGCUGGGAAUGACUGUAGUAGGGUUCAUGUGAUCUACCGCCUGAUACAGUCAGAGGGCGACAUCAGGCGAAUAAAUAACUGUCAGUUAUAACAAAGGUGCUGUUACCGGUGCACAGUAUGCAACACCUUAUUUUCAGUAAUCGUUUAUGUGCGUCCAGUGUUUUUGACCUGAAAGUACAGAUAUACUUCAUUUUCCAUGUUUUGCUCUAUCUCAAACACACCAUUGAGCAUUCAAGCCCUUCUAAGUAAACUUGAGUGUUGUGACCCUGAGCAUGUCGUAGUGGGCCUUCAAGCUGUCGAACCUCUUGAGGAAUCACUGCUGUCCAUGCACAAGUCCAUGACAUUCAGAGGCAAAAAAGGGGAGCACACGGAUGUUGUGCAUAGACAAGAAUUGCAUAAAAAUGGACAGUGCGAGCCGCAGCAGAACAUGGACGAGGGAAGUAUACUUUCAGCUUUAGUUCCAGUACUCAAGGUGCUCAUAGAUCAAGGCUUUGCUCUCACUGACAUACCGAACUUAAUUUACUUGGCUUUGUGCUGAUGUAGCAACAAAUGUAGGCCCUGCUUCCACCUGGUAUUAAUGUGGUUGAAAUUCAUCUCUUGUGAUCUCUUUUUUGGAUUUUGUUGUUAUUUUGGGACACUCAGCAUCUCUUUUUCAAGAGUGCCAAGUGAGACAAACAAAUACUAUUGAAUGAAGGAAACCAUUGUGCAAAGUUUAUGAACAGGAAUGAAAGCAAAUGAAAAAGAUACAGAUUGCAGAUUAUUUUGGUGUCUCGAAACAAUCAAGUGUUAGUUGAGCGGGUGAUAAAAAAAUUAUGAUUCAAGUUCUGAGCUUAUCCAGGACAAACAAGGAUUCCUAUUAUUAAUGUGAUGUGGUCACAUGCAUUUUUGACUACCUCUGUAUGGGAUUUUAGUGAUCCCAUCGCAGUUUUAGACCAUGUUUACGCCUGCAUUUAGUGCCUAACAUUUAUGAUCGGAACACCAAAAAUUAAUACAAGGUGGAAACAAGGCUGUAAAUAUCCUGGAAACUGGCUCCACUGCCUGAACAAAUGAUGCCAAUUUGAGCUCCUGCCGAAUAAGAUGUAGUUCAAUUUUGGUUUUGAAAACAAUUCAGGAUCGUUUGCAGUGUGAACAAAGCCAAACUGCUUUAAACAAUUUUAUUAUGUCUGGAGGAUAUUUAGUAAUUUAUGUUUGCCCUUUGUUAUGUCUAGAGCUUCGAAGCUAAAUCGCAUCAGUGUCAGCUCACGAUUUUACACGCACUUAUGUCCUUCGGUCUUCUGUAACAAUGUAGCCAGUUUUAGAAAUAAUGUAAUGGAAUUUUUUAUUUCUCGUCAUUUUAAGUCACAGGACGGCCCCACAUCGGGGUCUUUUACAAACUCUCAAAUCAUUCCAGUAACAGUUGGAACAGAAAAUCUUGCGACUCAACACACCCUAAAAAAAUACAAAUGGUGGAUCGUAACUUAUGAAUGCAUUUGCUAUUGGCUGAUUAGAGGUGCUCCUGGACUGUAUGUGCAUGAAAGCUUUAACUGAGGAAAAUUCUAGCUAAAAAAGGCACCUUAUCAUGAGACAUGAGGAUGUGUUGGCAACCAGUCCACAAUAGCAAAGUGAUCUUUUUCAUAAAGUACCAAAUUGAAACUGAAUUUUACAUGCACUAACCAGUUAGCACUAUAGCAAUGUCAGAUGAAAUGCAAUCUGAGAAUGUAAAUUGGAUCAAAACUUCAGUUUGCCAACACACCUAGUGCUCUUGAUGAUGCUUGCUGACUUUUGUGCUCGUGUUUACGUGUCCUGUUACCGUCAGACGUAGCUUUCCAAAUGAAUAACCAGAGCAUUUUUUAAAGGUCUUUUUUGUAUGUUUUCUUUUUUACUAAAGGAUCCGAGUCUGACAUUUGUAAAUAGAUUUUCAAAAAAAAAAAAAGUUACCAAAAAAAUGCAAACAAAAAAGGUCUAUGGUAGAAGAAACAGAGCAAGGAUAAAAUAUAACAACUACUGUAUAAACUGAAUGUGUCUGGUUAGAUAUUAUACAUUACAGCGAGGAUCGCAGUCAUCUCUCACUUAUCGCCUUUCCUGUAGAGGCAAGUUAACUGCCACAAAGUAACUAGAUCAUGUUGCCUAUGUACGUUGUUCAAUAUAAAAGUGUCCUCUGUAUUCUCUUCCGGAUCGUACAAGGUAUUGACUGGCUUUUUACGAUUGAGUUGGCCAUAACAACCCAUAAAAAAACAGUAAAAAAAAAAAAAGUGGCAGCGGUGCUUCAAAUCACACAAGUACCUCAAAAUCUGUCUUAACAGCUCAUCGUAUGAUCAUGAACUUCCCUUAAUUGCUUAAGGAUAGUUUGAGGCUUUGGGGAAGAUUCCCCAGUGUUUGUCAUGAAAAUGUGCCUAAUAUAAGCCAACUCGUUGGACAUUGCAAUACCUAAACUACUAUGUUUUGCAAGGGAUUGUUUGCUGUGGAGGAUAAGAAUGCGAGCGAACGUGUUAUCCUUUUCUACGCUAGCUUAUAUAAUAACUUUGAGAUUUGAGCUCGCCGGUAGUCUCGUUUCCAGAUGUGCUGGAAGUCGAGGCUGCUUUGCCAGCUAGCACAAACUAAAGCCAUUUCCCACCGUCUCUUCUCGUCUCACAGAUAUAUUUGCCAUCCUAGUACAGUGUGCUUUAUCAUAUCUGCUGUCUUGCAUAUGAACUGAUACAGUUUGGACACGCUAAAAUGGAGUGUCUACGUUUUAAUUAAUUUAUUCAUUAUUUUAACUGUGUUACGACUAACAACGCUGAAUGUUCAAGCAGGCACAAUAAUAAUACAAAACCUGUGCUUUGUAAACUUGUGUUUUUUCCCCACUUGUUUUAGAUUAAACGGGUUUAAUAUUGUUUAAUCGAAACCGAUUGAUUUGUCACUAUGCAGCGUUGGAAUAACAUUGUAGAGUUGAGUUUUUAGUACCAAUGACAGAUAACAAUGGUUUAUGUAAUAAGCUAAUGUGCAGGUUUGAUGGUGUUUUUAAUGUUGAUGUGUAUCGCCAUUGUUUGUCUGGAAAAACACGUUGGACCUAUCUGUCCCACUGGGAUUUUAAACAAAACUAUGUUUUUCUUCCUCUUCUUCUUCCUCUUCUUUUCUUGCUUUCUUUAAGAAAUCUUUCUAUUUUGUAUAGAACAUUGCAAUUGUAAACAUUGUAAAUAGUAAACUCAUCUGCGACCACAAUCACAGUAAAAUAUGAAAAGAUACGGCCCUAUGAUGAGACACCUUUUCUUAUUGUUGGUUAUUAUUUUAUUUUAUUUUUUAUUUUUUGGCAAACUGUCUGCUGGAAAGGGGUUAUUAUAGGCAUGUGCUGAUCUGAGAGAAUUUCUUCCAUCAAAUAUUCACUCAUGUUUCCAAUAAACCCGUGCCAUCCCUA